AUGGUUGAAAGAAACGAUCACGUUGUUGCUGAUGCUUUGGAGUUAGUGGCUCAGGCACUGCAUGGGAAUAAUCUGCCAUCAUUUAAGGGUAAGUAUGAUCUGGAUGGUGCUCAGAUGUGGCUCAGAGAGAACGAGAAACUUUUUCGAGUGAUGACCUGUACUGAGGAACAUAAGGUAUUGUUUGGGACUCACACGUUGUUUGAGGAAGCUGAAGAUUGGUGGGACAAUGUGUGCCAGAGACUAAAGGUUAUUGGUGAUGAGAUCACUUGGGCUGUGUUUGGGGUGAAAUUCCUUGAGAAGUUACCUAAGUUAGUGAAUAAGUGUAGGAUUUAUGAUAAGGACUGCAGGGCUUGUUCCGCUCACUACAAGAGUGUUAGUGAAAGGAAGGGAAAUAAUAAGUAUCGUGAGAAGUCAUAUAGUGCUCCCGCUAACAAGGGGAAACAUAGAGCUACUGAUGAGAAAAGUCCAAGUGGGGGAGAGACUCCUGCUUCUACAAAGUGUUUCAAGUGCGACAAGUUGGGUCAUCGUGCUAAUGAAUGCAAGAAUAAAUUUCUGAGAUGCUUCAAAUGUUGA